AUGUGGUGUUGUGGCGAGGAAUGGGGGAUGGAACAAAAUUCCGCCAAGUCCAAUUGCGAAGCAGACAACAACAAUGACGACUUCAUCAGCUACGGCGAAGGCGUGGAUUACGCGGAAAACGUUUUGAAGGUGCAAGCUGAUGAAAACUGGAAAAGACUUUUCGAAGCAAAAGAUUUGGAUGGUGACGGACAGUUGGAUAAGGCUGAGUUCAUGGGCUUGCUGUCUUCUUGGUAUCGAGGUGACUUCGACCUGAAGUUCAACGACUACACCGUCACAUCACCGAAUCCACGCAAACCCGUGAAGAAAUUAUGA